AUGUGGUGGAAUCAGCUCGGAGUGAUUAACUGUGAGCUACUUCAGCCUAACGAAACCAGCACUGGGGAACGUCACCAACAAAAAUUAAUCCAAAUGAGAAUAUCACAUGCACCGGUCGAUGACUCGUUGCCUGGCCCUGAAAAGCAACUCACUACUCACGAAGAAGUCAAGAAUUGGAUCGAUUCUUGGAUCGCCUCAAUAGACGAGGAACGUUUCCGACGCGGAAUCCGUAUGCUGGCGAAAACAUGCAGUAAACUCGUAGCUAAUUAUGGACAGUACUUUGAAUAA